AUGGAGGACCCCGCGGAGGCCUUCCUCUGCCCGCCGCUUGAAGAUGGCGCCCCCGAGACCCUGUUCCGCGAUCCCUCGCUCUACAACCCCAUGGGCACGUUCCGGUUGCCCCCCGGCGGAGCUAGACACUACCAGCAGCAGUACUCAGACAUCUACUUCCUACGGCUGACGAGGCUCAAGCCGGCUGUCGCGGAGGUAGCAAGGGCUGCCUGGGAAGGCUAUAAUAUUGCUGGAGAGUACGCGCGAAGGGUUGAUCGAGUGCUCGAUGUCCGGCAAGGUGAGCUCUCGUGGGUCGUGGGGACCGUUUACAUGGAGCUUCCGUUAAAACCCAGUAUCAUGGACGACAUCUCCAAAGAGAACUGGACUGCAGCUCCCGUACCACAAAAGACAUACAACGACCCCAACAGUAAAAAACCCACCCAGACCAUGGUGGAAGACGAGUCCGGGAGACUAGUCCUCACGGGGAGCUUGCUGCAAUCAAGCUUCCUAGUUACUGGUGUUGUCGUCGCAGUCCUCGGGACGGAGAACGCGGACGGCGAAUUCGAAGUUGUCGAUAUCAAAGUCCCGGAUUUACCCCCGCAGCCGGGACGGUGGGAGAGAGAGCAGGAGUCGACUACAGACGGCGUACCCGCAAAGCGGAAACACACUGCUCUAGAAGCUGGCGGCGGCAGCGGACCUGGAAAAGGCAAAAAGAUUGCAUUUGUCAGUGGGUUGGGCAUUACUGGCACUUCCGGUGAUACUGUGGCCCUGUCCCUCCUUGCGGACUACCUCCUUGGUUAUACCGGAUCCAUCCCCAGCACGGAAGAUUUUACCUCCACCAGCCCUCCUCAGAUUUCACGCCUUGUAAUUGCUGGUAACUCACUUGGGGCCAAGGUUGCCUCUACUGUCGAUGAUGCUGCCAACUCCGAAAAGCGCCAGCCAAAAAAGUACGGCUACGAUGCAUCAGCCUACAAUGCCUCUCCGAUCACCCUCUUUGACGGCUUUCUCUCUGAUAUUCUUCCAAGCAUUCCUGUGACUCUGAUGCCGGGAGAAACGGACCCAGCAAACUUCUCUCUACCACAGCAGGAAAUACACACCGCUAUGCUUCCUCGGUCCAAAGCAUACUGCGCACCAGUAGCGCCAAAACUCCAGGCCAUACCCUAUGAGCCUGGCUGGCUAGAUAACGUCACCAACCCCUGGGAAGGGGAUAUCGAAGGUUGGAGAUUUUGGGGCUCCAGUGGACAGAACGUAGACGAUAUCCUCCGAUAUGUCAGUCUCGAAGAACUAGAAGACGAUGAAGACGAAGAUACACAGAAUGGCGUACGACUUAAGCUGAUGGAACAUAUGCUUAAAUGGCGCUGCGGCGUCCCAACUGCCCCAGACACCAUAUGGUGCUAUCCAUUCCAAGACAAAGAUCCAUUUGUCAUACAAUCAUGUCCCCAUGUGUUCUUCGCAGGGAACCAGCCGUGCUUCCAGUCUACUGUUAUCGAAGGGGGUGAUUGGGGGACCGAGGAUGACAGUAUCACAAAAGUAAGGCUAAUAGCCCUGCCGAAGUUCCACGAAACCGGUGAGAUCGUCCUGCUCGACACAGAGACCCUCUCUGUGGAAGUAGUCAAGUUCGGUACUCUGGAGAAAGCCGGUACCGUUGAAAAGGAAGAAGAAAUGCCUGAUGCGUCAUGA